AUGACCAGCAUCGGUGAUGGUCGAAUAUCUCAAGUACGUCAAGUAUCUAGCUUUCAUGGUAUUAAAACAAGUGGCAUAUUCAAGGUUAUUUUAACUAUGAAUAAAACAAAACCAGAAAGUGUUAUACUCAUCGGUGACCAACUAAAGUCCUUGGUGAAAAUCGAAACAUCUGUUUAUUUGGGCAUUUUGUCCGUUCAAGUCACUGGAGGUAGUUCAUCAUCAAGUAGCACACGACAUCGACAUGUAUCAAAUUCUACACACUCACGAUCGACUAGUACUCAACUUGGCAGCAGCGAGACGGAAGUACUUAUCAACGCUCAUCGUUUGAUUAGCUUGAAAACGAGUAGUAUGGAAUCGGUGGAAAUUUCCGGUGCUGGUAUCAAUGCUGAUAUAUUCGAACUUGAAUGUCGUGGAUUUAAUUCGAUAUAUGGAACUGUACAUGUCAAACAACUCAAGGCUAUCAUUGAUGGUUUCUCUAAGGCGCAUUUAAUGGGUACAGCUAAUAUCCUGACAGUAACAGUCGGUGGCAGCAGUAAACUUCAUGGUUUGGAUCUGUCAACACGAAUAGCUAACGUAACUAUUCGUGAAGAUGGCUAUGCUGAAAUCAGCUGUAAUCAAACUAUAACAGUUAAUAUAUCAGACGAUGACGGCGAAGGAACAGUGAAAUACAAAGGUACCGCAACUGUUAUUCGAGCUCCUAAAUCAACAGGAGGAACAAUUCAAAAGAUUGAUUAA